CAACGAAAUCUGUCAAUAAAGAUUGAGCUAUUUUUAUUCAAAACUUUUCACGGUGAUUUUCAAUAAUAAUGAUAAAUAAAACUUAUAACUAGCCUUACAAAUCACACCAUUUUAUAAAAGACUAAAGUAUUUGUUUACGGAUUUAAUUCAAAUUGAUUAUUUUCAGUACUGAAAUAACUAAAACAGCAAAAUGCCAGAACUAGUGGAGCAAAUGUAUUGCUCUCAGCAAAUCGUUAUACCGCCGAAGUUCCCGUACAUUCUGAAGAGAUAUGCUAAAGCGGCGAUCAAGACCCAGCCCUACGACCUGCUCCGCUGGUCCUAUGAGUACUUCAGCGCCCUGGCUGAGCACCGCCCUCCGCCCGUGAAGCUGAGGCUCGAGUACCCGGUGUUCAGCACCGAGGGGGGACUCACCAGGGGGUACUUGAAGGUGCUGGCGUGUCAGCUAGAAGGCAUGUCCUCCGUCCCGCUCCCGCGCCUGCAGGCUGUGUGGGAGGGCUCGUGCCUGGACGUACAGGAGUUGUCCCGCAUCCUGUGUCUCUGUGAGGCGCGCGCGGCCGCCGUGCCCCGCCUGCACUUCCUAGCCGUGGCCGCCGGGAUGCUCACUAAGAGCCUCACCCACACCAUGAUCCUGCUCUGCGAGCUCCUCACCCACGAGCCGGAGGGAGGGUCCGCAGCCAUCGACGCGGAGCAGUUCCUGAUGAUGUACCGCUUCCUCGCGCCGAUAGACGCUUCCGCCACUGUCAAGUACUAUAAUGGGUAUCGGGAGGGCACGUCCCCUCCGGUGGAGUCAGUCCAGGAGGAACAAGAAGAAGAGGAACCAGAGACUACUGAAGUAUCGCAAGAGUCAUCAGCGUUCUGGAACCCCGAGGAUCCUCUCCACCGUCUCUCCAUCAUGAGCGACAAGGUGUCCAGGUCCGUGAGGAUCAGCGGCAACCUGGAAGAAGCGAACAUUCGAGAUAAACACGAGCGCUCGCCGUCUGUAGAAAGAGCUAUAGCGAUCGAACGUGACAAGUAUCUUAGGGAGAGAAAGAUUCAUGCCAGGCCGAGUUCAGAAGUUGAUAAACAACUUCGGGAACUGAACGCAUCUAAACUGAUCGAUGCUGAAGGCAACGUAGAAGAGAGUAGAGAGGAGGCGAAGUCUAUGGUCGAAGUGACAGACGAAGAGGGCGUGCAGAUACGAGCAUACAACGAGGAGGGGGAGCCCCUGAGGAUACAGUUCUAUGGAGAGCCAGACUACCCAGACGUUCAAGACGAUGAUGAUGAUGACGAUGAUGAUGAGCCAGAGCUGUACCUGAUGAUGGCAGGUGGUAGCUCGCAGGAUACCGCCACAAAGACAGAAGCUGAAGUAGUCGCUGAAUAUGUGGCUGAAAGCUACAAGAUGCGAGACGAGCGGCGCGCCGACCUCGAGCAGACUUUUGAGGAGAUCAAAGAAAUCGUGAAGCAAUUCCAUUCGGCUAAUUACGAUUAUGGCAUGGUGUCGGGCCGGCAGAUGUCCACCACGAGCGCCGAGUUUGUCGCGCGGCAGCUCGAGGCCGACAUGAUGGAGACCGUCUACGAGCAGAUUGACGACCUGCCCGACCCUGCGCUGAGGAGGAAGAAGGCGAAAGCGGAAGAUGUGGAGAUGAUCAGGUCUAUCGUGGAGGAGUUCAUUGACGAAAACCUCCACGUGUUUGUACCUGAAGUGGAGGAAGUGGAGGAGGAGGUACCGCCUGUGCCUGAGGUGAUAGUGGUCUACGCGGUGCCGGGCAUAGGUCCCCCGGUGCCUGAAGACAUAGUGGAGGCGUUCACUCGCUACGCCGAGGAGGCGGCGAGGGAGCAGGAGCAGAUGAUCAUGCCGAGGAACUUGAGGCACUUCCUGUGUCCGCCGCUUGAAGUGUUUGAAGAGCAUGACUACGAGAACGAAGAUAAGGAACCGAUGGAGGAAAACAUCCCUUUUGGAGGGGUCCUCACCGAUUAAAAAUUAUGAUUUUUUUUACCUAGUUUUAGUAAUAACUAGAGGAAAGAAAAUAAUCACGUUAUUUAAAAUUUAAUGAAUGUAGGUAUUAUUAUUAAAUGCACAAUUGAAUCAA